GCAUGGUAAUUUAGAUUGAUAAUUGUUUACUAAUACAUAAUUAUUAUUCUUGUUAACAAUUAAAUAAAGAUAAAACACAAAAUGUUUGUUAAAGAAACCAAAAAUCAGGAUUUAUUAGAAAUGUUUUGGCCUACUAUUUGGCCAGCUUCAACCAACUACAGCAGUUAACAGAAGCUAGCCAAAAGUAUUUUAAAUAUAAGUACAGUAUUCUGGUAACAGCUACAAAGACAGCAGAUAAUAAGUACACCUACAGCACCAUUACUGUUGUUAUGCUUACAGAAUGUCUCAAACUUUUCUCUUCAAUAAUAUUUUACUGCAAAGAUAAUGCUAUCUCACAUCUCUUCUAUGACAUUGUUAAAAAUGCAAGAGUUCUCUUGCUAUAUUUUGUUCCGGCCUUUUUAUACUGCCUAUACAACAAUUUAGCAUUUAUUAAUCUAACUGUUUUUGAUCCAACAACUUACUACCUUCUUCUUCAGUUCAGGGUUGUUGUUACUGGAAUAAUAUUUCAAAUUUUAUUUAAGAAGAAAUUAAGCAAGAAGCAAUGGAUUUCAUUGCUUUUAUUAACUUUUGGUUGUGUCGUUAAGCAGCUGCAUAUAUUACCAUCUUCAUCCAAUUCUACAAGUUCUCCAAACACGGUUCAAACUAGUCAUAUAGGAUUUAGUUUCUUUUUGAUUCUUCUACAAAUAUUCUGUUCCUGUUUUGCUGGGGUGUACAAUGAGUUCCUACUGAAGGGAGUUGGAGCCGAAGUUCACAUCAUGGUACAAAACGUCUUCAUGUACAUCGAUUCCAUCGUCUGUAAUUUUGUAGCUCUCGGACUUAAUGGUGAAAUUGUGACGGCAUUCACAAAAGAAUCAUUAAAAUCGGUAUUUCAACCGCUAAUUGUCUGCGUCAUGAUAAACAAUGCGGGUUGCGGAAUCGUCACAUCUUUCUUUCUCAAAAACCUCAAUUCCAUCCUUAAAACUUUUGCCAGUGCUCUUGAAUUGGUAUUUACCGCAAUACUCUGUUGGAUUAUUUUCGGAAUAACAAUAGACAUUUUUACGGUUAUCAGCAUUUCGAUUGUAUCUUAUUCCACUUACUUGUAUGCUCAGAAUCCGGUCGUCAAUAAGAGCCACAAGAUGCAUGAAAGUCAAGACGGUGCCAAAUUGCAGAAAAACAUCCAGCCCGUGUAAACGUUUACAUGGAUUACAUAUAUAAUUGACAACGUACAAAUUCUUUUGGCUUAGUUAUAGCAAAAGAUAACAUUUUGCACAUCUCGACACAUUAAAAUCCUUAAUUCUUAGUUCUUAAAACUUGUGAUCAAUAUGGGCAGAAAUGUGAACUUACAGGUGAAUCCAAUUUUUUUUUGCUGUUGAAAACACACUCACAGAUGGUCUAACAUACUUUUAAGGUUACAAAACUCGGUGAUUUAGAAUUAAGAGUUAUCACUAAUUCAGUAUCAUGGAUUGAUGAGUCCAAAUCCACAAUACCGACCUCUAUAACUGCAGACCUAUAGACCCAUUAUUGCAGUUGCAAUAAUAAGUCGUAUUACUGAAAAAGUAUUUUAUAAAUUAUAAAACUUGUCACAUGAUUGUCAUUUACUUAUUUAUUGCAUGAUAUUUCACAAAAAUGAUAAGAAUUUUGACUAAAUAUUUUUAUGUAUAUACUCUAGGGUAUGAGAAAAACUUGUUAAAAUGAGAAUUUAUAUUGUCAUCAUUAAUAUAUGAAUUUGUUUUGAGCAAUUACAAGAGAAGAUACUUUUAUACAAAUGUGAUAAAAUUUAUUAAAUUGUUUUAAUUUAUGAUAAGAAAUAUUAGAAUUCUUGUUUAAAUCUUCUUCUGUAAAUUAAUAUUUUAAAUGUGUUAGUUCAUAAAAUUUAAAUAAAAUUAUGUUAUAAAUUUAAUAGUGGAAGAAAAAUUGUAUACCAAAAACUAGAAAAAAAAUAUGCAUUUCCAUGUGUUUAAAUCUUAAAAGCAAACAGGAAAUUAACAAAUGCAUUAUAUAUAUUUAUUAAAAUUAAUCAUGAGCAUAAAAUAUAACACUACCAAAUAAUUUAUAUUUUAUAAAUCAAUUAUUAAAAACUCUGUGUAAUUAGAAACAGCACUAUUAGUGAGGCCAAUAGUGACAAACCAUUCUAAUUAGGGGGAGUAUCUCAAAUAGAACCCAACAGAAAAAUAUUUGGCUAAUGAUAUUUCACAGUUCUUUUUACCACAAAUUUUAUUCAAAUAUUUUAACUACAUACACCAGUUACCUAUAUGUAUGCAAAAGUAGAACAGUUAUUUCGAUGGAAGUGGCUAAUUGCAACUAGCAUUACACAUCAAUCUUAGUUUAGACUCUCACCUUAGAAAAGGGACUAGACAAAAA